CAGUCAGACGGGAAGCUGGCCACAGGCUCUGCCCCUUGCAGCUGUGCAACUUCAAACUCGAUGACAUCACGCGCUGUUGGCGACGGAGAAACGGAGCAAAAUGUGAGUGCGAAGACGACAGACGGCGCUUGAUCGAAGGUGCGGAGAAGAGAGAAGGCUGCAAAAUCGUUUUCACGUACUUUGAGUCGCGUGUGUCUAACUGCGCGGAAAGCGGUCUGCUUCUGUGGGACAACAUGGAUGGGUCAGUGGAUUAAGACUGGGAGCAAAAGUGCAAUUCUGCUAACAUAAGAGAUUUUUUGGCCCUUUACGACGUGUGCGUUUAAGGCCGCCAAAACUUUGAAGCGUUAACGGAACGUGAUGGACAAGUCGGGGACCUGAAAAAACUGUUUCUGCGGACCCUGUUUGCGAAGCGGUGCGCGGUGACCAAUAAGCCUCAGGUUUAGGCGUCUGAUGAAUUUAGUUAGGUAGGACAACCACGUUCGAUUUGCGCACAAGGGAGACUGAUUCCAGUGCGCCAAAGUUGCCCCGGCAACUCUUGCGGGACUUUGAGUAAAAAAAUAAAUAAAAAGUUUUGACAAGGACGAUGGGUGACAACGAGGACGGCGGGGAGAGCGUCAGCUUGAGCGUGCUCGAUUGGGAGCAAGUGCAGCGUUUGGAUGCCAUCCUGGCCGGCUCCAUCCCAAUCCACGGUCGGUGGAACUUCCCUACGCUGGAGGUAAAGCCGCGCGACAUAGUCAAGGCGGUCCGCAGCCGCAUGGAACAAACGCACAUCCGCGUCCGGGAGGUGCGCCUCAACGGCUCGGCGGCCAGCUACGUGCUGCACGAGGACAGCGGCCUUGGAUGGAAUGACCUGGACCUCAUCUUCUGCGCCGAGCUCAAGGGGGAGAAAGACUUCCAGAUCGUAAAAGAUUUAGUGCUUGACUGCCUGCUGGACCUAUUGCCCGAGGAAGUCAAUAAGGAGAGGAUCACGCCCUUGACGCUAAAGGAGGCCUACGUGCAAAAGAUGGUGAAGGUGUGUAAUGACUCGGACCGCUGGAGCCUCAUCUCGCUGUACAACAACCGCGGCAAGAACGUGGAGCUCAAGUUUGUGGACUCCCUGCGGCGGCAGUUUGAGUUCAGCGUGGACUCCUUCCAGAUCCGCCUGGACUCGCUGCUGCUCUUCCACGAGUGCUCCGAGAACCCCAUGGCCGCCUCCUUCCACCCCACUGUCUUUGGCGAGAGCGUCUACGGCAACUUCCCCGCCGCCCUGGACCACCUGCGCAAGCGUCUAAUUUGCACCAGGAGCCCCGAGGAGAUCCGCGGCGGCGGCCUGCUCAAGUACUGCCACCUGCUGGUGCGGGGUUUCCGCGCGGCUUCCGACACGGAGAUGAAACUUUUACAGCGCUACAUGUGCUCGCGCUUCUUCAUCGACUUUUCCGACGUGAAUGAUCAGAGGCGCAAGCUGGAGUCCUUCCUACAGAACCACUUUGUGGACUUGGAGGACAGGAAGUACGACUACCUGGCUGUGCUGCACCAAGUGGUGAAGGAGAGCACCGUGUGCCUGAUGGGCUACGAGCUGCGGCAGACGCUAGGGCUCAUCUCCUCGCUGGCAUGGCGCGCGCUGGCCGAGCACAAUGCCAUCCCCAAUGCCGCCAACGUCACCUGCUUUUAUCAGCCCGCCCCGUACGUCUCCAACUGCAACUUUAGCAACUACUAUGUGGCCCAGGUCCAGCCCCUCUUCACCUGCCCGCCCUCGCCACCCCGCCACUACAUUCCUCCCUUGCAGCAUCCCAUGCAUGCUACCUGGCUGCCCUGUAACUAGACCCUGCACUACGGCUGCUCCCUUGACGAAUUUUUCCCAAACGUGCAUUGCUUCCUCGAUGCUGUAACGUUCAACAACAAAGGACGAUCGAUUUUUCACACAGUAUCUUUGUUGUAAGCAGUAAGGGACCAAAUCCUUGUGUCAUUAAAAUGACAUAGUUGGCUCAGCUUAAUGCUAACUAAGGGCGCAAAUCGCGGGUUUUGUCACGAUAUCAUAUCGUUACAAAGAAUCACGAUACGAUAUUUGCCGAUAUCUUAAAGCCUGCUGUGAUUCAUUCACGAUACAUCACGAUAUAGUGCUCUACGAUCGAUAUAGAACAAUAUCCUGAUUUAUAACAAUUCAUACGCAAAAUCAACAAGGUACUGCAAACUCUUUAUUUAGGAAAUUACAAAGUGCUUCCAAACGAAUGACUUGAAGCCCAAAGGCGAGCAAAUUUCCUCGUCUUCUUGGACACUAGCCAUAGCACCAGCCCAGGAGCCGCGUAGUUGUCGGCUCCCCUUUCACGUGCCUGCUCUGCUCACAACACAACACGCCGCCCACUGCUCCCGGAAAGAGGAAGCAAGCAACAAUGACCUGGAUUUCAAAAUAAAGUCGCGUCUAAUGUCAGAGGUCAAAAACGGCCGAUAUAGAUCGAUGUUUACGUUUAGCAUCGAUGCCAACAAAUCGUAGAGCAUUAUAUCGAUUAAUCGAUGUGUAUCGAUGAAUCGAUACACCCCUAAGCAAUGUAAGAUGCCUUUGUCAUGCUAACGGAUAGCAUUGAGUCGCAAUUUUGGAUUCGAUAGAUAUUUCAACAUCAACGGUGGAGCAACACAAAUCGACACAAGAAUUCUCAGGCAUGAAUACUUUAUCCUCUUUAGAAAAGAGCCUGAUACAGAAUCUUACUGAGUCACUAGGAGUGACAGCAGAAUAAGUUAUGCAUCUAGAACAGUCAAUGAGAGUGAUGUUCUCAAGAUGACGAUUCAUGAUCAAAUAUAGCGGGGACUUAAGGUCAGUUACCAUGUGACACCUUUAAUCAUGCAAAAACACAGAAGUGACUCAAGAGAACAAGUGUGAGGACAAGAGAAACAGCAAUGCAAUGCACGUACGUUUUAAUUCUUCACAGCAACUAAGUGCCUAAAAAAAGAAGAAAAAAAAUGGAAAAAUAUAUUUUUGCAAUUUCUCGAGGGUGGGGGGUGCAAAGUGUGCUCUGUGGUGUAUGUAUUUCCAAGCUAAGAAUGAAUGUAUUGCUAAAUAUGCGGAGUCAGGAUAUACGUAUAUAUAUAUAGAUAUAUAUAUCUAGAUCUAGAUAUAUAGAUAUAUAUAGGGCCCAAGUGUGUUUUUAUUUUUUCAUGUAGUAGUUGUGGCUCUUGCCUGAAACUCGGCCGAUUACCAAAGAGGAAGUAACGACACAUAACUAACUGCACAGUGACGCAAAGAAGUGAAGAGAAGCGGUAGAGUGCUUUGACAUAAAAAUGCUUGCGCUAAUAAAAUAGAAGGGGGAAAACCAACAAACCCAUUACAGACAGUUUGAUUUCUUAUCAUCCAGGUAAAGGCAUCAUAAAAAUGCUGAAGUGGAUUAAAAAAAAAAAAUUAAAUCAGAUUUUAAUUAUACAGACUAAUUAAAAAAAAAAAAAUCAAUUACACGUCUCAAAAUUCUUCUUUGCUUUUUUUUGUGUGACCAUUCCAUGUCAUGGUGGUAGUGAGUAGAGGUGGAUGUAUUGAUUAAUGCACUCCAUUUUGCCUUGGUUGAUUCAAGACGGGAUUCAAUUCAGAUUGAACAACUCCUUUCCCUACUGUGAACCGUUGCACAAGAAGCUUUCUAUCAGGAAAUGUUUUGGAGUGGCGUUCCAGUUUUUCUAUCAAUCAGAUUUUUCGUCUACAGGUUUGUCUUGUUUUUGUGAUAUACAGCGGGCCAAUGAUUGAUGCGAUGACUCGGAGGUGUUAAUUGUAAACACUGCGUCAUUCAGCACAUUCACCCCUUUGGAGAGAUUGUCCCUGGUGUAUUUUUUUUUCACACAGAAAUGACAAUUCCGAUGGUGUGCGUGUGCUGGAAUCUAAUGAUUAAAGUAAAAAAAGAAAGACUG